AUGAGUUAUACUUCGGUCGGCCAGACGGACGGUGACGAUGCUGCCACUCCAAAAGGACAAACACCGCUCGUGUUCUCAAACUCGAUACCUGGUGGCAGCGGUGACGGUAGACCACAAGGGACCAGGAAGCGUCAAGUACCUUUCCUGAAAAGAAUUACCACAGGCUCAAGCCUCCAAAAACUUCGAAGCAAUCCGUAUGAGCACGAACCAGAUGAAAAGCAUGCGGCUUCACAAACCCCCACCAAAGAUGCCUCAACGACCCGCUACUUCUCGCACAAACGUCAGGCCCUCCGCGUCUUCAUCUCCUGCUUCCGCAUCUGGCUAUGGACAGUCCUAGCAUGCGCACUCCUCGCCGGCACACUCGCCGGCUUCUCCAGCUUCAAUUUCUUGCGUCGGCAGCUUCGGUACACCUUCAACGCCUUGAUCACUCUGCUAUCCGUUCUUCUUGGACUGGCGUUUGCGGCGCAGUUCAAGCGCUUUGCGGAGAUGAUGAGGUGGCGGAUUCUUGCGUCGGAGUAUAGGACGAUUGAGGAGUUUGAGGAGGUCCUUGGUGUUGAUUCGUGGAGGUCGGUGUACAGGCUCAUGGUGCGCAGCAGGAGAAAGGGCAGCUGGUUGCCGACUUCGAUGCAGGUGCUUGCGUUCUGUUGGUUGGCGCUCUUCAUUGCUUUCAACGUGUGCACUGCGCUAUUGGGUCUUACGUACUCAUUCGAAGUAUCCGACAGCUGGGUCUUGAUCGACCGAGGCAAUGUCAGUGUGGUUGAGCUAUCAUACCUGGCAUCCAGACCGUCCGAUGGUUCGGAAGCCAACACGAAUCUCGCGUUUCAGCAGAAUGCCGCGAACCUGUACGGGCAAUCUGGCCAGAACUUUCACGCACCCUGCGCAAACAUUACCGACACAUGGUUGCCGGAUGAGCCAGUCGUAUCAACAAAUUGCCCGGACGAGACGGACUACUGGUAUCGAUUCAUUGACGUCUCACCCGACAAUCCGCAAGCGCGAUUCCCGACCGAGCGCACAGUCAAUUCUUCAGCCACUUGUGUACCCCUGACAAUCGAAUACGGCGGAUAUGCGGGCAAUCAGGGCUACAUUUCGGAAAACUACACUCGAGACGCGUUGGUGUACUACAAUAGUGCGGGCGACUUUCGUUCGAUCAGGGUGACCUAUGCUGGGACCGGACGAACAACCUACAUCGGCGUCACGACAGAAGAUAUCUGUGGACCUCGCUGCAGCCAAGUGCUGGUGCUGUUGAGCGCCAACAACUACACCCAAGAGAUUGCCGAACAAUACGGCGUUCCGCGGUUCGCGCCGGAACCCCGGCUGUGGGAGUGCAACAAUACAGUCUCACAGGUGACCAACACUGACAAAGGUGGAUUCAGCAAUGAAACACGACUACAGCUGCCUGACAAGCAGGCUCAGUUGCUUGCUGGCGCUAUUGGGUGGUCAGGGAUCGAUCUCACCUUCGGUAAUCAGACAAGGGACUACCAGAACCAAAUCAACCCGGGAGACAAUCGGUAUAAUCUCAAUGGGACUGCCAGUGCGGCGUACGUGGCGUCAAACUUGAUGAGAUUCACCACUACGGCGAUCGCGGCGAUGGAUCAGCGCGGGGGGCCGAGGGUCAAUAUGACGGGUGACUACAGGCCUAGUCCGGCACAGUACCUGCGAGUCGAGUGGCAGUAUGCCGGCACUAUCCUCGCUGCUGUUCCGGUCAUUGAGUUUGUCAUGCUGCUCGCGGUGGUGUGGUUUAGCAGCAAGGUUGUUAUCUUGGAGCCGAGCUAUGUGAAGACAGCGCAUUUGAUGGAGCCAGUGGUGCAGAAAUUGGGGCCGGAGGGCAAGCUGAUGACUGUGAAGGAGAUUUCGAGGGUGCUGGGUGGUAAGGGAUAUAAGAUUGCGUAUAGUGUUAGGUUGGAUGAUGGUGAUUCGGGUGAUCACCAUGACCGGGGCUUCGUGAGGCAGCUUGAUGUCGUUGAGGAGGGUGGGCAUGGAGGGAAGAUUGGGCGGCAGAUGCCUAGUGGUAGAUACAGCUAG